CUGAGCUGAAAAGAUCACGACAAACUGAACAACUAAACUGAGACCAGAACCAGCAGAACCAGAUCCAGAUCCAGAUCCAGAUCCAGAUCCAGAUCCAGACCCAGAACUGAACCUCGACCAGCCAUGGACACAGUUGUUCUCCUGCUGUCCGUCCUGUCUGUGGGCGUGUCCUCUCAGCCAAUCACAGAUGGGAGUCAGCGACUGUUCUCCAUCGCUGUGAGCAAAGUUCAGAACCUUCACCUGAUCGCUCAGAAACUCUUGUCUGAGUUCGAGUCUCCUCUUCAGACUGAGGAUCAGCGUCAAGUCAACAAAAUCGUCUUGCAGGUUUAUUGUAACUCUGAUUACAUCAUCAGCCCCAUCAAUAACCACGAGACACAACGCAGUUCUGUUCUGAAGCUGUUAUAUAUCUCUUAUCGAUUGGUUGAGUCUUGGGAGUUCUCCAGUCGUUCUCUGAUCGGAGGUUCUGCUCCGAGGUUCCAGAUUCCAUCCAAACUGUCUGAGCUGAAAACAGGAAUCUUGCUGUUGAUCGAGGCCAAUCAGGACGGAGCAGAGGGCUUCCCCGACAGCUCCGCCCUUCAGCUCGCUCCUUAUGGAACCUACCACCAGAGUUUCGGAGCCGAGCUGCUGGCCUGCUUCAAGAAGGACAUGCACAAGAUGGAGACGUACCUGACAGUGGCUAAAUGUCGACUCUCUCCAGAAGCUAACUGCACCCUGUAGCUCCGCCCUCCAUUGGUGACGUUAUGUUAGCCCACUCUGCUAACUAGCAUUACUGUUAGCCUCUGUUGCUACUGCAUUCCAAACUGAUGAUGUCAUUGUGAUGUCAUACUGUCAGCAUGUGAAAUAAAGGGUCUUGACUCUG